GAUUGUUCAGUAGCAUGCAGUAGCGUCGUGCACUAUGCAAUUUGCAAUAGUUGUCUAAUGCGUUGUUUAGUGCGUGAAGAGUGAGAUUGCACGUGUAAUAUGUGUGUUAAUUUUUAUCGAGUUUUGUAAAUAUUACAAUAUUACAACUUAAUUACAACUUAAUUGAAUUUCAAUGCUAUAUUAUAAACAAUUGUAAAAAAUGGAACAUACCAAACCAUUUUUCCUGUCGGUCACACAACGUAUCUUUAGCAACUGGACAGCAUUAAGGCUGGCAGUGGAACACGACAUGGGCCCACUAGAAAGUGCAGUACAAUUUUGCCCAUAUAUGACAGAAGUAUUAUAUAUGAAUGAUGGACUGACCAACGGUCAGAUUGCAGAAGAGCUGGAGAAUUACAUGGAGGAGGAGUUUAACACCGAGAUGGAGGACGAGAGCAGUGUACAAGUAGCGGCAGAGUUGUUGAGGUUCUAUCAGUAUUGCAUGGAGGGCAACGAACCCACAGCGAAAGCCGAGCUUGACAAGCUACCACCGCUGCAGUCCUGGCUCGUCUCCGAACAACCUAGUCAACCUAGUCGACCCACCCGUCCUUUGCCAGUGCAACACGAGAGCAGCUCGGACGAGGAUAUGGACGUGGAUAAUAACGAGGAUGGGGAUGGGGAGUGGACCGUGGUGACGAGCAGGCGAAACAGAUAACUCCUCAUUGUUCUUUUGUAUAAAAGAUAUCUUUAUAUCCUAGUUAUUUUUUUCUAUAAAAGAGUGAAAAGAGAGACGGAAGAGAGAGACAUAGGCGCAUACGUCCUCGCGACGUAGUGUGCACGCAUUCGUUCCGCAGUCAUACAAACUUCGACGCUAGAGAUACAUACGAAAAUAUUUUUACCUAAACAGCCUUUCGAAACGUUCGUUAAACGUCAUUUGCCGAGAGCAUCUUCUGUGUCUGUAAGGAAAAAAAAACAAAUAAAAUAUUUGUUUUUUGUUAUCU